GUAUGCUGACGAUAUUGGUGAUCGCAAACUGACCGGACCAAUACGAAAAAUCUACAGGAAAGAUCUGAAUCCAAACUACGUGGCAUACUAUGAAUUUGAAUUUGAAGAUUGGUCUAUUACGUUCUCUGCUGGACCGAGGACAGGAGAUCAUAGGUUGGUAGAAGAAGGACAAGUUCCGAGAACCACGGAUAUGUUGAUUGACCAUGCUGCUAAUAUGAACAAAAUUUGUGACAAGUUUUUUCGUCUGAAUGCUGAUGGUACAACAAUUUGUGAAGACGAUGCAGGAGAAGCUGUUGCUUCAACAAUGGAUUUAAAAACACUAACAACA